AUGGCGGCGGGGCCCGGGGAGGCGGCGCGGGGCCUGGCAGCGCUGCAACGCUCGGAGGAGGCUCGGCAGCGCCAGGCGGUGCUGGUGCGGCAGCUGCAGGGGAAGGUGAGGAGCGGGGCCGCUGCCCGAGGUGCCCGCGCCGCGCUCAGAGGGGUCCCGGCGGCGGAGAUGUCGGGAAGCGAACACGCGGCCCCACCGCGGCCUUUCCGGGGUCCUCCCCGGCGCUGCCGCGGGCGUGGGACGGCGCCGAGCCUGGGGCUGAGGACAGAGCCCGGAGCUUCUCCCCAGCUCGGUGCCGUGCUCGGGGGCAGGUGGGAUGUGGAGCCCGCUGGGCAGGCGUCGGGCGGCCCGGGGCAGGGCCGGCAGCUCCGGUUUGGUUCUCCCGGGUGGGCAGGGGGCCGGAGCUGGAGCGGGUCGGAGCAGACGAUGCCCAGCACGGUGCCCCUCGGGGUCCUGCAGUACCGGACUCGGUGUCGAGAGUUGGAGCAGCAGCUGGAAGCAGGAGGGGGAUCCCUUUCAGGAAGGUGGGAACCCACAGAAGACCACAGCCUGGAGAGAGCACUGUUUCAGCAAAGAUGUGAGAAUCUGGCCGAAGAGAACACUGUCCUGAGGGAGCACCUCGAGAAAGCAAAUGAGAUUAAUUCAGCCCUCAAAGAAGAUGUUGGAAAACUGAUGGCAGAUUGGAUGAGGGCUCGGGAUGAGCUGGAGUUGAAGGAGAGUGAAUGGCGCAGUGACCGUGAGCUUUAUGACAGCUACCUACGGGGUGAGCACAGCCGGCUGCUGAGGCUGUGGCGCCAGGCGGUCACCCUGCGCCGCCAUUUCCUGGAGAUGAAGACAGCGACUGAGAGAGAUUUGUCAGAGCUGAAGGCUGAGCAGAUGAGGCUUUCUGGAUCUAUACUGCAGAACUGCUCCCAUCUCAACUCCAGUGCACAGCUCUGGGAGUCUGUCACUCUGGGUAGAUCUGUCCUAAGGUAUCAAGCACAGCAGCAAGAAGUCAUUGAGAAGAGUCAGGAAAUGAUGUGCUUACAAGCCAAGGGGGACCUGGAGAAGAAGGAGCUUCAAGACAGGGUGAUGGAGCUCUCUGCCUUGCUUGUGCAGUCUCAGAAGCACAUGGAGGAGAAGGAGAAGACCAUCAAAACACUGAAUGACACUGUGGAGAUUCUAGAAGCAAGUCAGUUAGAGAAAGAAUAUGAAGCUUCACUGACUAAAAGUGCCAAAGAAGAGAAUCUUUCCCUCCAAAAGCUGUUAAAAGAUAUAACUGAGGUGGUGUUAGAUGACAGUGACAGCAUAGUCAGCAUUCUCUGCACUGACUGCUCCCAGCACACAGAGUCCAGCAACAUCCUCUCUCAUCUGAGCUCCAUGGAUGCAGAGCACAGCUUUAUAUUGGUUCAGGAAGCACUGGCAAGGAAGAGAAGAGCAACACAGGCCCUAAAGGAAGAGCUUUCUGCCAGGCAGGACUCCAUCAAUUUCCUGCAGCACCAGCACAGGCAGCAGGAGGAGAAGUGCAGGAAGCUGCAGCAAAGGCUUGAGCAACUGGAGGAGGAAUGCAAAACAUCCAGCAGCCACCAGCAGCACCUCCAGUCUCUGGUGGAAGCACUCAGAAGUGACUGUGCAAACCUUCAGAAAAGCAGGGAAGAGCUACAGCAUCAGCUGGAAGAAACAGAGCAAGAAGCCUCCCGCCUGCAACAAACUAACACUGAGCUGCAGCUGAAGGAAGAUUCAGCCCAGGGGGAAAAAGUGGAGCAGCAAGAGAUGAUGGAGAGAGCACAGCAUGAGCAGGAGCUCCUACUGAAGGACUUAGCUGUUCUUGAAGGAAAACAUUCAUCAUUACAGAGUGAACUGAUAAUCACAAGAGAGACACUGGAGAAGUUGAAGCUACAGAGAGACCUGCUGGAGCAAGAAAAGGAUGAGCUUUCCAGGGCCCUGGGUAAGGCAGAGCAGUCAGUAGCAGAGUUGACAGGGGCUCAGAAUAAGCUGAGUGCUGAAGUAGCUGAUCUCCAAGUUGCCACAGUGAAGAUGAGCAGCAUCAAUGAAGCUCUUGCCCUGGAUAAAGUCCAACUGAAUGAACUUGUGCUGCAGCUGGAGCAAGAGAAUGAAGUUCUGACAAGUAAAGUGGGUGAGGUGGAGAGAGCAAAGCUGUCUGGGCAGGAGAAGCUGAGCUUGUGUGAAAGAACAAAUGAAGAGCUCUGUACAGAGAAAGCCCACCUGGAGCAGCUGCUGAAGAAAGCAGAGGAGCAACAGGAGGGGCUGCAGUUACAGCUGAACAUACUGGCAGGGGAGAAGGAAGAAACCCAAGAGAAACUCAGUCAGGUUUCCCACCAGCAGGAGUCAGCUCGGAGCCAUCUGGAGCAGCUGUGCCAGGAAUCCUCUCUCCAGGGACAGGCACUGGCCAAGGUGUCCAAGGAGAAGGAAUUGCUGGUGCAUGAGAAGGCAGCCCUGGAGGUGAGACUGGCAGCUGUGGAGAGGGAGAGGCAGGGCCUCUCGGAGCAGCUGGAAGAGGCCAGGUCAGCAAAGGAGACCCUGGAAUCCAGCCUGUUUGAGGCUCAGCAACACUUAUCUCAGCUGGAGAUCACCAGGAGUCAGCUUGAAAUCCAGCUUCACACAGUCACACAGGCCAAGGAGGUGAUACAAGGGGAAGUGAAGUGUCUUCAGUGUGAGCUGGAAGCUGAGAGAUCUCUCAUGAAGCAGGAAAGGGAAACCAUGGCCCAGCAGCUCCUUAGGGCAGAGCAGCAGUAUGACAGUGCCCUCAAACUUCAGGAAACUGAUCACAAAGUGGAAGUAAAGAAGCUCCUGCAAGACCUGGCAAGUGAGCGGGAGAGGCACCAUUCAGAGGUGCAGGAGAUGCUGGAGAAAUGGGAAAAAGAGAAGGCAGAGACAGAAGGAAAGCAUGAGAAGAAGCUGUUUGAUGUGAAGCAGGAAGCUGCUGCCAUGCAAGCUCAACAAGAAGCAGAAAGAACCAGAGAUGAAAAUGCCAAGCAAGAGGUCCUGCUAGAAAAGGAGCGUGAGAAGAAAGCUUUGCUGGAGACACUGCUGCAGACUCAGGGAGAGCUGAGAGAAGCCCACCAGCAGCUAGAGCUGCUCAGGCAGGAGAUGGAAGAGCAGCAAGAGAAUGGGCAGAACAUGACAGAAAAGCUGCAGGCAGAGCUGCAGGAAACUCGGAGUGAGAUCAAAGCUGUGGAGAAGAGGCACAAGGAAGAAAUCAAAACCAUAAAGGAGGAAACAAAUAUGCUGCUUCAGCAGAGGGAUGCUCUACAAAAACAGGUGGAGGAGCUGACAUCUCAACUCACAGCAUCCCAGGAGUCCCAGCAAGUGAUUGGCCGCAAAGCUCAGCAAGAUCUGAGGGAGGCACAGGAACUGUCAAGGCAGAAGGUGCUGGAGGUUGUGCAUCUCCAGAAGAUCCUGGAGGAGAAGAGAACUCAAUGGGAGGAGGUAGAACAUCAGAACAAGAAGCUGCAAAUGUGUCUGCAGACCUUGGAGGGGGAAAGGAGUCGAUGGGAAGAAGCGGAGCGGCGCAACACUGAAUUUCAGGCUUCACUGAAGGUUCUAGAGAGUGAAAAAGCCAGGCUGACUCUGUCUCUGGAAGAGAAAGAAGUGAGCCUUAGAGCCCUUGAAGAAAACAACCUUGCCCAGCACAAUGAGGUGUCUCAGCUUCUUUCUGCUAUUCAGCAGGCCCAGCAGCUCCAUUCAGACCACAGAAGAGAAAUACAAGAGCUCAACAACCAGAUCCAGGUCCUGCAGGAAUCAGUGCAGGAGAAGGAGGCUGGGCUGGCAGCUCGUGAGCAGGAGCUGCUGCAGGAUCUGGAGGAGUCCCGAGCCAGGGAAUGCUGCUCCAAGGACUCUGUACGUGUGCUGGAGGCUGAGGUGGCUGAGCUGCAUUUGAGGCUUCGUAGCACAGAGAGCAGAGCAGAGGUGUUGGCCACAGAGUGUCAGCAGGCCAACAGUGCCCACUGGGAAGCCCAAUCCCAGCUGGAGAAACUCCACUUGGUUCUCCACCGCGUGAUCAGUGACAGCAGAGAUUUGGUCACUGGGAGUUCAGAACAGGGUCAUGUCUGGAGCCUCACUGUUGCUCAGGCUGGGGACCUCCCUGCAGAACUGACAGCAGACAGAGUGGCUGCAGCCCUUCAAGACCUGCAUCAGCACCUGAAGCAGACUCAGCAGGAUCUGAAUGAUGCAAGGAAGAAGAUCCAGGACUUGGAGCUGAAACUGAGUGAGAGGCAAGCUGAGAUGGACCAUGUCAGUGCCCACAAUCAAGAGCUGCAGAAGCAGUUAGCUCAAAGCCAGGAAGAGACACAGCAGGCAGAAUGCCAGAAGAACUCUGUACAAGCUGCCCUGCAGGAAGAGGUCACUGCUCUGAAAAAGGAGGCUGAGACUCUGCAUCAAGAGGUGGUGUCUUUGGAAAGGAAACUCAGGAACACUGAGAAGGAAAGAGAGGAUGUUCUGCAUGAACGAGACAGACUGCAAGAACUUAAAGAAAAACUAGAAUGGGAGAGAAAACUUCUUGAGGAAUCACUCAUAGCCUCUGAAACGCGAGCAAAUACAGCAACAGAUAUGAAACAAUCUCUUGAACAAGAACUCCAAACCACACUGUCUGUCUUAAAAAUUAAAAACCAGGAAGUGGAAACACAAUGGGAGAAAAUCCAGGUGCUACAGAAAGAGGCAGCAGAGGUGAAAGCUUUGCAGGAGAAUCUCACUCAUACAUCUGCCACCCUGUCAGAGAGGGAGGGAGAAAUCAAGUUAUACCAAGAACAGAUGAGAAUGCUGGAAAAGCAGAAAGAAAUGCAGAGAAUUGCUCUUGAUCAGGUUAUUAAGGAGAUGACAGAGAAAACAGAAUCCCAGCAAGAGCAGAUACAGGAGCUGGAGAAGCAGCAGGAAAACCAAAAGAUUGUUGUAAGCAAAAUGACCAAAGAACUGGAGGAGAGAGACCAGGAGAUCAGGUCCCAGCAUGAGCAGAUAGGGGAGCUGGAGAAGCAACUGGAACUGCAGAGGAAUGCUGUCAGCAAGGUGAGCAAAGAGCUGGAGGAGAGGGACCAGGAGAUCAGAUCCCAACAAGAAGAGAUAAAAGAGCUGGAGAAGCAACUGGAACUGCAGAGGAAUGCUGUCAGCAAGGUGAGCAAAGAGCUGGAGGAGAGGGACCAGGAGAUCAGAUCCCAACAAGAAGAGAUAAAAGAGCUGGAGAAGCAACUGGAACUGCAGAGGAAUGCUGUCAGCAAGGUGAGCAAAGAGCUGGAGGAGAGGGACCAGGAGAUCAAAUUCCAGGAGGGGAAAAUAAUGAUUCUAGAACAACAUGGGGCAUCACAAGUGAGAAAUCUGCUUGUGGAUCUUGACCAUAUGAAAGAAAAUUUGAAGGAAAAAAACACAGAGCUUUUAUCUCUGACUCAGCAGAUCCAGGAACUGGAAAAGGAGAGAGAAGAGGUGAAAUCUCUGCGCACAAACCUCGAACACCUGAGGGCAGUUCUUGAAGACAGAGAGAGCGAGUGUGACUCUCAAAGGGAUCAGUUAAGUCUCCUGCAGCAGUACAAGGAACAGCAAGAGGGGCACCUGCAAGAGCUUCAUGGUAAAGUAGGAGAGAUGACACUUUCUAUAUCUAAAAAAGAGCAAGAUCUUGAAUCAAAACAAAAGCAAAUCCAGGAAGCUGAAGUCAUGGAAAUGCAGCUAAGGACUGUGAGUGACCAACUGGAGCAGACCUUAGAAACCUUAAAAGAAAAGGACAGACUCAUUGACAGCCAAGAGCAACAAAGAAGGAGCUAUGAGGAAAAAACAGAAGAACGGAUGAAUGUCUUACAUAGACACUUAGAAUACACUACAGCACUACUGAAAGAAAAGGAUGUUAUCAUUGAAUCUCAGAAGGAAGUGAUUGAGACCUUCCAGAAACAAGCACAAGACUCUGACCAGCAGAAGGAAGCUCUGCAGCAUCUUCAAGCAGUACUAAAGGAACAGGAACAAGAAAUGCUAUCCCUUCAAAAGCAAUGUGAGGCACACAAGGAAAAGGAGGAAAAGAAUGAAGCUGACCAAACAGAUCUUCAAGCAACAAAACUGACUCUGAAGGAAAGAGAAGAAAAAAUAGAGGUUCUGGAGGAGGCUGUCUCUAGGCUUCAAGAGCAAAAGGAAGAGGCAGUGAUGCAGACUAAGGACAUACUGCAAAAACUGGAAUAUGCUGAAUCUGUCCUAGAGGCUAGAGAUCAAGAGAUAGCAUCUUUGCAAGAGCAUGUCCAGGACCUUCAAGAGCAGAAGGAGCUAGAAGGUAAUCAGGCCAAGAGGCUACAGCAGGAUCUAGAUGAAAUGAGGCAGAUAGUGAGGAAGCACCGCUCAGAGCUCCUCAGGCAGACAGAGCAAAUGAACACACUGCAGCUUCAUGAGGAAAGCAUGAAAGUAGCACUAACAUCAUGCCAGAAGCAAGUGGAUCUGCUUGAGGAAGUGGUGAGGAAGAGAGAUGAAGACAAUGAGACUCUUAAGCAAAAACUCCAGCACCAAGAAGAAGAACUGAAGACCUUGCAGAAUCUCCAGCUUAGGCUAACUGAGAAAAACAAAGAGGUUGGGCACUGGAGAGAGCAAGAGAAGCUCCUGGCAGCAGACUUGUCUGCAAGGGAACGAGAGAGCAGGGCUCCAAGUGAGGCAAAAGAGUCAGAAGAGGAAAGAAGAGGUCUUUGGGAAGAUCUCCAGGAUGUUCGUCAGACUCUGACAAAGAAGGAUGAAGAGAUCAAGCACCAGAGAGACAGAGUCAGGGAUCUAGAGGAGGCUCUGACUGGGAGAGAACAAGAGCUUAGGAGGCAGAGUGAACUCCUGAAACAAAUAACAUCAGCUUUGCAAUGGAAAGGUGACAGGGAGACCCUGCAAAAACAAAUCCUAAAACUCCAAAAAUGGGAGGAAGAGGAAGCAGAGAAGAGGAGGGUUCUCCAGGAGAGAGAGCACCUCCUGCAAAAGCAGAGGGAGCUCACCCAGCAGCUGGAGCAGGAGCAGAAAGCAAAGAGUCAAGAACUGGAGCGUUUGAUUGCUCUUUUGAAACAGACUGAAAGAGGAGAAGUGGCAUGGAAAGAGAAGGCCCAAGCACUGACUCUUGCCCUCACCAGCAGUGAAAUGACCAAUGGGACUCUGAGGGGUGAAAUAGCUGUCCUGCAGAGCAUGGUUUCAGAGAGGGACACAGACCGCUUUCAUCAGCAGCAGGCUGUGGCAGAAGGGGAGCAGCUAUCAUGGCUCUCAGAGAAGAGAAUCCUGUCACAGCAGCUGGAAUGUCUGCAAGGAGCAGUUGCAAGGCUGGAACUUGAGAAGACUGAGCUGGAGGAACACAACACUGAGCUCAGGAAGACUCUUGAGCAGGUGGAACGUGAACGGAGGAGGCUGAAGAGAUAUUACAGAUCUCUGCCAGAUCCAUGUGGAGGUUCUGAGUCUGACCAGCACAAGGUUCCCAGGCAGGAGGAGUCUCAUGCUUGCUGCAGUCAUCGUUUAGUGGAGUUACAGAACCAGGUGUCCCUUCUACAGACACAGCUGGCACAGGAACGAAAAUCCAAGCAGGAUUAUAUUGAGUGCUGUGCAAAAACCAACCAGGAGCUAUCAGACCUUCACCAGGAGCUCAAUUCCUCCUUAGCAGCUGUGGUUAGGGAGCCCAGAGCUGCUGUUCUGGAAGCAGAGACUCGGAAGCUGGAUCGGUCCCUGAACCUGAGCUUGGCACUAAGAUCUCUGGACUCUCCUGAGAGGGAACCAUUGCAUUCAACUGCCAGAUCAGCCAGAAGUGAGGAGCUGAGGUAGCAGGACCAUCAAACAGCAAAAGGCUUCAGCAGAAGUCAAGCUGGGGACCUUCCAUAGCAGCUGAACUGUGGCAAGAGACUUGGUUCAAGGCAUGGACCCCAAAGUAAGAAACAAGUUGAGAGCACAGUGUUCACUGCAGGUUCCCCAGCAGAAGCAGCUGUGGGACAAAACUGGUGCUGGCUUGUGUGGAUGGGGUCAGUCAUAGGCCUGGAAAAACAGAAUGAACCUGAUGAGCAGGUAAAAUUUCUUCCUUUUCCAAAGCACUCCACCACAGCAUGCCUUGGCAGUCCCCACACAGCCCUCCUUGUUAGCUUGUUCCUGUCCAUUUCUGUACUGCUUGCAAAGACUUUUGUCUGCUUCUAUUUUUUCAAUACACUUCUCAAAAACACAA